GUCUGAGCUGGCCGAGAUCUUUCUCGCGCUGGUCCGCUGGGCGCGCAGGGCUACAGGGACUUUUCUCUCGCUGCUGGGCUGGGCGCUCUGCUAUGGCGCGGAAGUCGAGUCGGCCUUUGCUUCUCCUGCCGCUCGUGCUGGGCAUGACCCUGGCGAGCGUCCCCAGCCGUCUGCCCCUGGUCCUCAACACUUGGCCUUUUAAGAAUGCCACCGAAGCAGCAUGGCAGACUUUAGCGUCUGGAGGCUCUGUCUUGGAUGCGGUGGAGAACGGCUGUGCUAAGUGUGAGGCAGAACAGUGCGACGGCACUGUAGGCUUUGGAGGAAGUCCUGAUGAACUUGGGGAGACCACCCUUGAUGCCAUGAUCAUGAACGGCACUGCUAUGGACGUGGGAGCAGUAGGAGACCUUAGAAGAAUUAAAAAUGCAAUUGGAGUGGCACGGAAGGUCCUGGAGCAUACAACACACACGCUCUUAGUAGGAGAGUCAGCCACCAAGUUUGCUGAAAGUAUGGGGUUUACCAAUGAGGAUUUAUCUACCAGUGCCUCUAGAGCUAUUCAUUCAGAUUGGCUUUCUCGGAACUGCCAGCCAAAUUAUUGGAAAAAAGUUGUACCAGAUCCUUCGAAAUACUGUGGACCCUACAAACCUUCUGUCUUCUUAGAGAAGAGUAAUCCUGCCUACAAAGAAGCAGAUGUUCAUGGUCAUGAUACUAUUGGCAUGGUUGUAAUCGAUAAGAUGGGACAUACUGCUGCUGGCACAUCUACAAAUGGUCUAAAAUUCAAAAUACCUGGUCGUGUAGGAGAUUCUCCCAUCCCUGGAGCUGGGGCCUAUGCUGAUGACUUGGCCGGAGCAGCUGCAGCCACUGGGGAUGGUGAUAUACUCCUGCGCUUUCUGCCAAGCUACCAGGCUGUACAAUAUAUGAGCAGAGGAGAAGACCCAGCCAUAGCUUGCCAAAAAGUGAUUUCCAGAAUUCAGAAGUAUUAUCCGAAAUUCUUUGGAGCUGUUAUAUGUGCUAAUGUGACAGGAAGUUAUGGUGCUGCUUGCAACAAACUUCCAACAUUUACUCAAUUUAGUUUCAUGGUUUAUAAUUCUCUACGAAAUCAACCAACUGAAGAAAAAGUAGACUGUGUCUAAUCCAUCUUGUCUGUCAGCAUAUGUAUUUAAAGAGAAGCACAAAGGCUGGAAAGUUGCUUACUGACAACAUUCAGUGAUGUUCCUGUGCAAAUUAAGUGCAAAAAUAAAUUAUAACGUAGUGCUAUUUCUUAGCUACAUUUUUAUUUAUUUACUUCUAUUUAAGGUCUGUUUAUCACAUGAAAAUGAAUAUGCAUUUAUACAUGAUGCAUAUUUUUAAACUUUAAGUGAUAUUUGAAUUUAUAAUCACUGUGCUAAGAAACGACUACUCUGCGGCUUUAUUUUUGCAAUGUCAUAGUAAGUAAAGUAUUUGUAUUUGAGUACCUCAGAUUGCACAAGCAAUCCUAGUCCAGAGGAGAGAGUAAUACUAUCUCAACAGAUUAGACGUGGUUAAAUUUCAGAAGUUACAGUGAUAAGUCUCUUAUGACUAAUCAUUAAGUUUUACCAAAUGUUCUGUAAUAGUUCAAAACAGAAAUAAUGCUAUUAAAGUAUAUGUUUUAUUCUGUACAUUAUGAAAAGCUGAUGAGAAUUUCUCUGGUAUUCUUUGGAUUUCUCAUUGAUAGAUCACUCAGUACGUGACUGUUGUUGAUGCACAGAAAUCUCUGAUCUUUGCGCAGCUGAUACUCAGUAUUGAUGAUUUCUUUUGAAAAUCAUUUAGGGAGCUCUUUUCUGUGAGUUUACUAAUCUCUUAUGCCGAGGUUGUGGUUGCAGUUAGAAAAUGGAGCCCAUGGUAGCUCAGUAUCCAAGUGGGUACCCUAGUAAGGGGAACAGGGACUAUUUCUGACAUAAACUCAAUGGCUGGCUCUUUGACCUCCCUCCCCCACACUCGAGGGAGGAGUGGCCCUGCUAGGCCACAGAGGAGGACCAUGCAGCCAGACCUGAAGAUAUCUGAUAAGCUAAGGUCAGAUGAAAGGGGAGGAGGUCCUCCCCAUCAGUGGACAUGAAAAGGGGUAGGGAGAAGAUGAGGAAGGGAGAGUGGGAUUGGGAGGGAAUGAGGGAGCGGGAUACAGCUGGGAUACAAACUUAAUAAACUGUAACUAAUAUUUAAAAAAAGAAAAUGUCAAUAAGUGUGCCAUCUAGCUUGACAUUAUUUUUCAAUGGUCAUUGAUAAGUUGAAUAUAUUAUAUUGUUAUCAAAUUUUAAUACUGUUUGUUUUUUAAUAUACACAGCUUGAUAGUCAUUCUUUGAAUAACCCAUGUUAUUUGUUAUCAGGCCAUCCUUCCUGUCAAAAUGGUUUAGGAAGCCAUUUAUUUAUUUGUUUGCUUGUUUGUUUAUUGUUUACGGUUCCUUCACUUUGUAUUACAGCUGUAGCCCCCUUCAUAAUCUCCUCCUGUACCACCCUCUCCCCUCUUCCCCUUCUAUGUCUCUCCCCUAUGCCACUGAUAGUAGGAGUCCUCCUCCCCUACUCUCUGACCCUAGCCUAUCAGGUCUCAUCAGGACUGUCUGUGAUCCUCUUUUGCUGUGUCCUAGUAAGGCUGCUUUGCCAAGGGGAGGUGAUCAAAGAGCUGGCCACUGAGUUCAUGACAGAGACAGGCCUGCUUCCCUUACUUGGGAACACACAUUGAGACUGAGCUGCCUAUGGACUACAUCUGAGCAGGGGGUCUAACUCCUCUCCAUGCAUGGUCCUUGGUUGAUUUAUCAGUCUCUGCAGAAGCCUCUGGGCCAAGAUUUUUGGCUCUGUUGGUCUCCUUAGGGAGCUCCUGUCCCCUCCAGGUCUUUCUAUCUGCUCCCCGACACCUUCUUCCAUAAGAUUCCCUACACUCUGCCCAAAGUUUGGCUAUGAGUUCUCAGCAUCUGUUUUGAUGCCCUGCUGGGUAGAGUCUUUCAGAGAUCCUCUGCGGAAGGCUCCUGUCUUGUUCCCUGUCUUCUCCCACUUCCAAUGUCUAUCUUGUUUGCCCUCCUGAAUAAGGAUUAAGUAGUAGGAAGCCAUUCUUGAAUAUUCUCUUCCAGCACAGAAUUUGUUGGACUGAAAUUUGACUCUGUUUAAUAAUAUCCAUACAUGGUAUGUACUCACUUAUAUAGACCUAUAAGAUAUGAUAAACAUAAUGAAAUCUAUACACCUAAAGAAGAUACACAAGAAAGAGGACCCUGGGUAAGAUGAUCAAUCUUCACUUAAAAGACAAAUAGGAUGGACAUUGGUUGUAGGAGAAAACAAGUAAUAGGAUAGAAGCCUACCACUGAAGGCCUCUGAAUGUCUCUAACUAGCAGUGUAUCAAAACAGAUACUGAGACUUAUAACCAAGCCUUGGGCAGAGUACAGGUAAUCAUAUGAAAGAAGGGGGAGUUAGUAUGAUCCAGAGAGGACAGGAGCUACCCAAGGACCAAAUAUAUCUGGGCACAGGGGUCCUUUAUGAGACUGUUUCUCCAACCAAGGACCAUGUAUGGAUAUAACCUAUAACCCCUGCUCAGAUGCAGCCCAUGGUAGCUCAGUAUCCAAGUAGGUACCCUAGUAAGGGGAACAGGGAUUAUUUCUGACAUGAACUUCUUUUUUAAAUCUCAUAAGUUCAGUUCAUGAGUUUGGUGAUUGAAUUUAGACCUCAGGACCUAAUUAAGCUAAUUUAAUACCUUUAAUUGUACAAUUGUAAAAUUCAUUUGAGUAAUUUCUAUUGGAUACCUGUUUUUUAAUUGGCUAGCAAUUCUGAAAAUAAUAUGUCUGUGUCAUUUUGCUGGUCAAUUUUUGGUUAAUAUUUCAUGCUUUUGUAAAAACUCUAAAUGGUUUAUUUUCUUCAGUACUAGUUAUAUAUUAAGCAGUAGGUUUUCAGUUAUUUUACACAAUUAAAAGAUGACAUGAUGAGGUCCCCAAAAGUAUAAAUUGUGGUUAUUAAGUGCAAGAUGAUAUGGGUUUUCGUAUAUAACCUUGGGUCAGCCAGUUUAAAAACAAAAACUGUCAUAUUUUAGUACUGAGAAUAUCACACUUAAAGGAUAAAAAAAAAAUGACCACAUUCAGGAUAGAUAUAAUGGAAGUUGAACUGCUGUGUUCCACCCAUUUGCCUUCGAAUUAAAGAGAAGGAAGUUAUUGUUUCAGUGCAUGGAUAGUGCAUUAAGAAUUGGUCAUUUGAUUUAAACUUGUGACCUUUCCAAGUGCUGUAUUAGAUUUGUUUGCUUAUUUAUUUUCCCUAAUUAAAAUAUUAUUUCUAUAAUGUGAAUGGUGAUAUAUAAUGUUUUUAAGAAAAUCAUAUCUUAGAACAAAUGUAGGAAAACAAAAUCCCUUCUAAUUGUUAGUAAUCUAUCUCAUUUCUUUCAGACUUGUGCAAAACCCUUGAGCAACAUAAAUGUCAAAGUAAUUCUCUCCAUUUCUAAGUAAAACUAGUAUUAUUCAUCUUUUCUUAUUCUGUUCAUUGUAAUUAGGCUGAUUGAAAAUAAACAAAGUUCUAGUAAAAUAAAUAUCAGACAACCCACGCUAGCUUAAUUUCAUUCCGUGAGGCUGUGUAGUACAUGGUGGUGAUAUAUACGUUGUAUAGAGCAGUAAAUACUAAGUUGGGGCUUAUUUUCUUUUAAAUAAAAUGCAGUAUAUUCUACCCCUGGACAGGCAAACACACUGCCUUCAAGGAACUCCAAAACUUAAUUACUUGAAUUCAAACCCUGUUCUCUAUCAGUGAUUAACUAUAUGAACCUGACAAUUAGUUUGAUUUGAGUGGUGUCUUGGUUUUCUAUACCAUGGGAAUAAAGAUAAUACACCUAC